AUGAUAGUUGUGAGUUUAGAUACAGAUAGUACUAAGCAAGUAAAGGUCAAUCUCUCUGACUAUAAGAAUUUCAAUGAUCUCUCAGUCAAGCUCUCUAAAAGCUUUGGCCUCGAGGAUCUCCAGGAGCGAAACUAUGGUCUUAGAGAUUUAAAGCAAGGAAUUUUAUUCUCUAAAUUGGAAGAUAUUUCUAAUAUGAAUUUGAAUGAGUUGGAAUAUAAGAAUCUAUUUGUGGCUGCCAAAGAAUCUAUUAAAGAGUUGGAUUUGCUUGGUCAGGAACUUUCCAAAGCCAAAACUGCCAGUAAGAUAGCUAAGCAGAGAGUCUAAAACAUUCAAACUAACCUCAGACAAGAAUUGGAUAUCUUUGUUGAAGAACUUAUCAAACUAGAUGGUAUCACAAAAAUAAUGAACCUAAUGCGUUCCAGUGACUAGUCAAUACUCUCAAUGACUCUCAGAUGUCUCCAGCACAUAUUUGUGUACCUUUCAGGAGUAGAGUACCUUAAGCAGAGGCCUCAUCUCUUUACCAAGUUGUUCGAGACCUUCAAUCACCAGAGUGUAGAUAUUAAGAAAUAAGUACUUUACCUUCUGAUUGGCUUGAUCAAAUGUAUGAAAGGGGCUUACUCUUAUAUUAAUAAAGCAUCUAUCAACACAGCUAAGAGAUUAAAUCAGAGUCCAUAUGCUAAUUUGCUUAAUGCGCUUUCCAUUAAUGACAUUGAACUUAAGAUCAGCAUCUUGACACUCAUCAACUGGCUUAUAUUCAAGUGCCCAUCAGACUAGAAGAUGAGCAAGUUCUUGGCUAGAAUGGAAAAUCUUGGAAUAUACGAUGAUCUUAGAGCUCUUGCUAAAGAAAGACAUCCAGAGAUUAUAAAUCAACUUAAGAACUUCUAGAAAAACUCUAAGAUUAUAUUGCCAUCACUCCAAUAUGAAAUCGAAAUCCAUAAAAACAGAAAUAAGGAACUUCAAGAACAUUGUGAUACCCUUGAGAGAAAGAUUGAGCAUUACGUUGAGCAGCAAUCUUUAUUCAAGCUGAUGAGAGAUGACUUAGAGAACUACAAAAAGAUUGCUUAAAUGAGCAAAGAACUCGCUACCUACUACAGUCCAUUCACUCCACUUCAUCAGUAUAAGAGAGAAUUCCUUAUCAAGUUGCCAUAAAUAAAGAGUGAGAUUAUUGACUUGAAGGAGGCAAUGCAAGAGACGUCAAUGAACAUCGAUUCUCUGAAUAAAAAAAUCAAGGAACUUGAAGAGAAUAAAACUCAAUCUUAAAAGAAAGAGGAAGAACUUUUAGCCAAGGUUGUAGAGCUUUCUAAGUUCAGUCAGGAUGAUUUGAAGAAAUGGAAAGAAGAAGCUACAAAAUUGAGAGACAAACUAGACAAAGCAGAGAGCCAGAAAGUAAUGAUUGAAACUAAACUAACUAAAGUUGAAAAGGAAGUUAAUGAGUUUAAGGACAUUAUUGCAGGUCAAAAAGAGACUAUCAAAAAUCUCUAUGAAUCUAAAAAAGAAAUAGUCUAUGUUGAGAAGAAUGUACCAGGCAAACUUAAAGAAACUGAUUUAGCAGUAUUUGAAAAGAAAUGUGAAACUUUGACCCAAAUCUGUGAUACUAUGGACUUGAUCAUGAAGAAAGAUGCUAAUGUAAUGACUGAUCUAAGUGGAGAUGUAUCCAUGCAUACAGGUGAUGCUAGCCAAUAGCAACAGUUUUAAUAAACAAAUAUGAUGUAACCUCCUCCUAAUAGAAUGCCACCUCCUCCUCCAGGACAGAAUAUGCUUCCUCCACCAGGGGGCAAUAUGCAACCACCUAACAUUAGACCACCCCCAGGAGGAAACAUGCCACCACCACCAGGAGGAAACAUGCUACCACCACCAGGUGGAAACAUGCCACCACCACCAGGAGGAAUGAGAAUGCCACCUCCUCCAGGAGGAAAUAUGCCACCACCACCAGGAGGAAUGCCCCCUCCACCAGGAAUGAAUCUUCCACCUGGACCCCCUGGAAUAAGACCUCCCCCAGGCGGCGGAAUGCCUCCUCCACCAGGGAUGAACUUACCACCUGGACCUCCAGGUAUAAGAGGACCCCCAGGACCACCAGGCGGAAUGCCACCUCCACCAGGAAUGAAUUUACCACCCGGACCUCCAGGAUUCAGAGGACCUCCAGGACCACCAGGCGGAAUGCCACCUCCACCAGGAAUGAAUUUACCUCCAGGACCUCCAGGAAUCAGAGGACCCCCAGGACCACCGGGUGGGAUGCCACCUCCACCAGGAAUGAAUUUACCUCCAGGCCCACCAGGCAUAAGAGGACCUCCUGGACCACCAGGCAUGAUGCCUCCACCAGGUAUGCGAGGACCUCCAGGACCACCAGGUAUGGGACCACCAGGCAUGGGACCUCCUGGCAUGGGACCCCCAGGUAUGGGACCACCAGGUGGAAUGGGUAUGGGUAUGGGAAUGGGCGCAAGACCUAGACCUACUAAAGCAGCAAUUCAGCCUGUUAGAAAAUUACAAAAUUUCAAUUGGAGAAGAAUCUUAGUAGUACCUACUGGUACAGCAAACAAGAAGGAGUCUGUUUGGGAUGAAGUUCAAGAAUUCAAGCUUGAUUAAACUGAAGUAGAAGAACUUUUUGAAAACAAGGUAAGUAUAUUAGAAAUUCAAAUCAAUUCUAGAAAAAAGAGACAACUAUUAGCUCUGGUGAUGCUGGCAAAGUCCUCAAUGUAGUAAGGAAAAAGACAUAUUUUGAUCGUAAUAAUUCUGCCCUGUUAAAUUUUAUUAUUAGCCAGCUAAGCACAGAAUAUCUUGAUUGUAUUGAACAAAUUACCCAACGCAGUUUCAUUGAAAGAAGCUUGCAGGACUUUAGAUGACAAAUUGAUCACUCAAGAUCAAAUAAAUGCACUUCUCAGAAUAUAUCCUGCCCCUGACGUAAUUGACGGACUUAUUGAAGAAGCUAAGAACACUCCAGAGGAUGAGAAGUGGGAUAAGGGAGAAGAGUAUUUCUUAGGUAUAAUUGAUAUGAAAGCACUCAAGCAAAGACUUGUAGUCUGGUAAUUCAAAUUGGAAUUCCCUGAAAAGAGAGAUUUGAUUAUUUCAGUUUAAAAGAAUUUUGAAACGGCUUUUGAUGAACUUAAAAACUCUAAGUACUUAAAGAAGAUAUUUGGAUUCAUUCUAGCUCUUGGAAAUAUCAUGAAUGGAGGGACAUAAAAGGGGCAAGCAGAUGGUUUUUAUCUCGAGGCGCUUUCUAAGACUACCACUAUGCGUGACAACAACAAUAGAACUAUCAUGUAGUUUAUUUGUGAGAAAUUCAAAGCUGAGUUCGGUGAAGAAUUCGUUAAUAUCAAGAGUGAAUUCAAGUGUGUUUACAUAGUCGCCUAGUACAAUUUAAAGGACGAAGAUACAAAGAUAAAGGAUAUCAAGGCUAAUUUCGAUAAGGCUAAAGGUAACUUUGAUGCUGUUGAGAAAGCACUAGCUGGAGCUCAACCAGACAACUAUUGUAUCAAGAUUAAGGAGUUCUUAGAAAUAGCUAACAAGACUAUUGAAGACUCUGAGAAAAAGCUUGAUUCUAUUAAAUAGUAAUAUGCCAAAGCUGGAGAGUACUUCAUGCUUGACAAAGGUGAUGAAAAAGUGACUAAUUCCCAGGAGUUCUUCAAAUUCUUCACUAGCUUUGUCGACAAUGUAGUUAAGAGCAUGCCUAAGGAGGAGAAGAAGAGAGCUGUUCCAGGAGCAGGAGCUGCUGGAGCUGGUGCCAGGAAAUUCGGCCAAAAAAUCGAUGGGAUGAGUUCUAAUCUUGUGAAUGAACUUAAAAUGAAGUAAACUCAAGAUAAACCAAAGUGA